AUGGCAGAGACCAGCACAACAGACCUCUCUCUGAGCUACACAACUUUUGGAUAUCUGGACUCUUUUGAAAAUAACACGCACAUAUGCUUAAGACUAUCUUACGAAUCUCUGGUCUUUUUAGGUGUCUGCAUGGGGAUUUCUUUGUGUGGACUUGCAGUGAAUGGGAUAGUCAUGUGGUUCCUGUUUUCCCACAUGAGGAACCCAUUCGCUGUCUACAUCCUAAAUCUGGCUGUUGCUGACUUCUCUCUGCUCCUUUUCUCUUUUUUGCUCAUGUUGGCAAUUUUGAUCUUAACAAUUUGUUCUCUCUUUGAUUAUAUUAUUCUUUCCUAUAUAGAAAUUGAAAUUAUAGUUGGAUUUCUGUGCCACUUCUUUGACCUCAGCAGCCUGGGUCUACUUACAGCAAUUAGUGUGGACCGGUGUGUAUCUGUUUUCUUCCCAAUCUGGUAUCGUUGCCGUCGCCCAAAGCACUUGUCUGGCAUUGUGAGUGGGUUGCUCUGGGCUCUUGCUGGAUCUUUUGUUUCCUCAAUGUAUCUUAGCUUUUACUUUGUUAAACGAUAUGGGGACGCAUUUGGAGGUAUAGCCAUUGCAAUCACUGUGACUUUAUCAUCAAUGAUGUUGAUUUCCAACCUGUCCCUGUUCAUCAAACUCCGAUGUGGCUUUCAGAGACGACAGCCUGGGAAACUCUAUGUUGCUGUCCUGCUCAAUGUGAUCUUCUUCUUUGUCUUUGCUAUUCCUUUCAGCGUAGAGGUAUUCUUCAAUCUUCCGCGCACACAGGAACUAUUUCCUGACAAAGUAUCUUUUUUCCUGGCAUUGCUGAACAGCAGCACCAAUCCCAUUGUUUAUUUCCUGGUGGGCAGCUGCCGGCGACGCCGGAUCCAGGGCUCUGUGAAAGCUGCCUUCCGUCGAGUGUUCGAAGAGAAGGCAGUGAGCGAGGAGGGGAGCCGCACACCCAGGGACACGGCGUCGGAGACUGCUGUGUGA